GUCAUCCGAAUGCGACGACCAGUGCAAUUGGCGCUCAACAUACUGUAAAGAGGAUCAGAAAUGUCUUCUGGCCCAGAUACCCCAGCAGCAGAAAAUGGACUCAAGUCAGUCAGGAGGUCUCCUCGUCUGUCCCCUCAGGCAGGCGAGGUUCCUGGAGACGAGCAGAGGAGAAAAAAAGGCGGCCUGCAGGAGGUGAAGAGGAAAGGGAGGAUGGCGAGGAGCCGGGAAGAGCGAGACGAGGAGCUGCAAGUCCAACUGCAGCAGAUGGACCUGUCCAGCAGGGCGUCUGCCACCGGGACAGGUCUGGUCUACUCUGAGACCUUCACUCGCCAUCAGAACCUGUGGGAGCCCAGUCACCUGGAGAGUCCAGACAGAGUGACGUCCAUUAUGGACGAGCUGGACAGGCAGAAAUUGUUGUCUCGCUGUGUUCGAGUGCAGCCCAGAGCAGCCACUGAUGAAGAGCUGCUACUCGUGCACAUGAAAGAAUACAUUGAGAUGAUCAAGUCCACUCAGACGAUGUCGGAGACAGAACUGCAUCAUCUUUCUGACAAAUAUGAUUCUGUCUAUUUCCAUCCCGAGACCUUCCCAGUGUCCAUACUAGCAGUAGGUUCAGUGCUCCAGCUGGUGGACCAGGUGUUGAUGUCCGACCUCAGAAAUGGAGUCGCCAUCGUCAGGCCUCCGGGACAUCAUGCUCAGGCUAACGAGUCCAACGGCUUUUGCAUUUUCAACAACGUGGCCAUUGCUGCCCGUUACGCUCGGAUAAAACACAAAGUCAACAGGGUGUUGAUAGUAGACUGGGACGUUCAUCAUGGUCAAGGUGUCCAGUAUGUCUUCCAGGACGACCCCACCGUGUUGUACGUGAGCAUGCACAGGUUCGAGGAGGGUGCCUUCUGGCCUCACCUUCCCAAUUCAGAUGGCAGUUUUGUGGGCGGCGGCCCCGCCAAAGGGAAAAACAUCAACCUGGCCUGGAACACAACCGGAAUAAGCGACGCCGACUACAUGUGCGCCUUCCAGCGUCUUCUGCUUCCCGUCGCCUACGAGUUUCAACCGGAGCUGGUUCUGGUCUGCGCCGGUUUUGAUGCCACACUCGGGGAUCCGAAGGGCCAGAUGUGUGUGAGUCCGCAGCGGUUCCACACGCUGACGCACAUGUUGAUGUCUUUAGCGGAAGGCCGAAUCAUCCUCACUCUGGAGGGAGGUUACAACCUGCAGGCGACAGCAGAGGGCGUCACCGCCUGUGUUCAAGCUCUUGUGGGAGGAGCCUGUGCCCCAAUGACGCCACUUGCCGCCCCAUCCGACAGCGCGCUGAAGUCCAUCUCUGAGACCAUCUCAGCUCUGUAUCCAUACUGGACCUCCCUGCAAGUACUGGAGGGGGAGGGGCUUGCUGAGGGGCGUGUCAUCAGAGCAGCAGCCAAUGAGGGGAAGCCGUGGAGUCCCGCCCUGAUUGAUGUCACGUCAACGGGCCUGGUGUACGACGAAAAGAUGAUGGAGCAUCUCAACAUGUGGGACAGGCACCACCCAGAACAGCCUCAGAGAAUCUCCAAGAUCUUCUCAAAGCAUCAGCAGCUCGGCCUGGUUGACCGCUGUCGGCGCAUCGCCGCUCGCCCGGCCACCGAGGAGGAGCUCGCCAUGUGUCACGCUGCGGACCACAUCCAGCGAAUGAAGUCCACGUCCACGAUGAAAGCCCGAGACCUGCACAUGCUGGGACAGGAAUUCACCUCCAUCUACAUCAACAACCAGACCUUCCAAUCGGCCCUGCUGGCUGCCGGGAGCUGCUUCAACGCUCUGGACCUCAUCCUGACUGGACAGGUGAGGAACGGCGUGGCCAUCGUGCGUCCUCCAGGUCACCACGCGGAGAAAGACGCUGCGUGCGGUUUUUGUUUCUUCAACACGGCCGCGCUCGCUGCCCGCUAUGCUCAGAAGACCUCCUCCCAGCAUGCACCUGUGCGCGUGCUGAUCCUGGACUGGGACGUCCACCACGGCAACGGCACCCAGCACAUGUUCGAGGACGACAGCAGCGUCCUCUACGUCUCCCUCCAUCGCUAUGACAACGCCACCUACUUCCCGUCCUCGGAGGACGGCGCUCCUGGCAAGGUGGGCGUGGCCCAGGGGGCGGGCUUCAACGUCAACGUGGCCUGGAGUGGCGGGCGGAUGGGCGACUCGGACUACCUCGCCGCCUUCCACCACGUCGUCAUGCCCGUGGCCUCGGAGUUCAACCCAGACCUGGUGCUGGUGUCCGCCGGGUUUGACGCCGCACGGGGCGACCCGCUGGGCGGAUAUCAUGUGACCCCAGAGGGCUACGCCCACCUGACGCACAUGCUAAUGUCACUCGCCGGGGGGCGCGUCUUGCUCAUAUUAGAGGGCGGCUACAACUUGGCGUCCAUCUCCGACUCCAUGGCCAUGUGUACGAGCGUGCUGCUUGGCGACCCGCCCCCUUUGCUGGCCACGCCCCUGCGCCCGCCUCACCGCGGCGCUGUGGCAACCAUCAACGAGGUCAUCCGGCACCACGCCCCCUACUGGAAGUCGCUAAGGAUACGCAUCCCAGGCCGCGUCCGACAGGCCGCGCCCUCCCCGAAGACUCGUGGCAAACGCGGCAGUCAGGGCAAAGGCAGGAGGUCCCAACAUGGCGGGCCAGACAAACCACCGCCACCCCCCGCUGGACUGGAGGACACAAGCGUGAAAACAAAUGCCGACUUGUUUACGUUGUCCAAUCAGGCGCAGUGCGGACUGGACCAGCUCACGCAGGGAUUGGCCAGUCUGGACAUCAGUCAGACCUCAGCCAUGCCCACCCCAGUGGGCGGGGCUAGGUCCAGUGUCCACAGCGAGGAGGACACGACAGUAGACUCAACUCCAGCGUCUCCUGGGCGGAGCCAAUCGGCAGAGAGCUCGCACCCUCAAGUUGACGCUGCCACACCGGCGGAGGUUGCACCGGGAGACACCGCCGCUGGGGAGGGGGCGGAGCCAGAGGCGGAGGGAGCGUGUGGUUGGUCCAAACCUCCAGGAACUCUGGAGCUGACGUGUGGAGCCGAGAUGGGCGGAGCGACCAUGUACGUGGUCGACCCCCUCUCCUGGUGUCCUCACCUGGAAGCCGUCAAGCCCCUCCCACCCUCAGGCAUCAACGUCUUCCUGCCCUGUCACGACUGCGGCUCAGAGGCGGAGAACUGGAUCUGUCUCACCUGCUACCAGGUGGCGUGCGGGCGCUACGUGAAGGAGCACAUGUUGACGCACGGCGUGACGCGGCAGCAUCCUGUGGUGCUGAGCUUCUGCGACCUCUCCGUGUGGUGUUACGUGUGCGAGGCCUACGUGCACAACCAGGUCGUGUUCGACGCCAAGAACGCCGCUCACUGCGCCAAGUUUGGAGAGGAGAUCCCGCCCUGGAGUUAGGAAAGGGGGGCGGAGCUGAAAGUGUGUUUCUAUGGUUACAUGCGGUAGUUGACCAACAGGAAGCCACGCCCCCUCUGACCUUAAACCUUUCUUUUUAUCAUGAUUGUGUUUUUUGCUAGACAUUGCCGAGGCCUGUUUGUUGUGCAAUAAUGUUUGUGAACGAUAUUAAAACGUCACGAUGGUUA